CAGAAACGUCGUUUAAGCAUUUGUUACUUUCCUUCCAUGGACGAACACGUUAUAUAAAGCCUAAUCACAUUCAAAACGCUUCUCCAUUUUCUGUUGUGAUUUCCCGCUAAACCGUACGAAAUGAGAAUCGAUGAGAUAUCCACCCAAGAAUUAGGGCAAAAUCACUGUGAAUCACCAUCUCCAUCUCCAUCAUUAUCUCAACAUCAGAUUGUUCUUUCCCAAAUCGAAGCCUCAAUCAAUCAAGCGGAGAAUCUCUCGCCGGAGAAGCCAUUGUCGAUCACAAUAUCUGACGAUCUCAGACGUUUCCUGAAUCAGUUGAAUCACUCCGCGCCUUUCCCCAACUCCGUAAAGCUCCGGAUUUGGAAACUAAGCUUUCGCCUCUGGAACGCUUGCGUUGAUCUUUACAAUGCUGCUUCAAUUCGCUUUCGCUCCACCACUUCGGGGACCGUCCUCGAAGAAGAGCAUGCCAAACUUCGUCAUAUCGCCGCUGAUCUUCUCUCUAUUGCUUCAGGAGUCGUGGGCGUUCCUUCUCCGGAGAUUAAGACCGCUUCCUUUUACCACAAGACCGGCAUCAUUUGGCAUGAUCUUCGGAGUUUCGAACUUGCUUCGACCUGUUUUGAGAGAGCUACGGAUAUUGUAUCAAAGGUUGAUACCAAUUUGAUAACGAAUGCAGGAGAGAGAAAGCUAUUGUUGGAUCUUAGUAUCGCGAGGUCUAGAACUGCAUGGGAAGUCUCGGAUCGAAAUGUUGCGAUUGCGUUGCUAAAUCGGGCCAAGACAUUGUUGUUCGGAUCGCCUGAGCAUCACAAAGCUCUUGCGAAUCAGUACUCGGAGUUCGGAAAGAGCGUGCUAUCUAAGAAUGAAACCGGUGCUUUGAACGAAGCCUUGAGGCUUAUGAACGAGGCUCUGGAUUUGUAUGAGAAGGGACUACACGCAGCGAGAACUCGAGAAUGCAUGCUCGAGCUAAAGGAAUUGAAAUCGAAGACGCUCCGAUUCAUCUCAGCUGUUCAUCUACAGAUGGGUGAGUUUGAGAGUGUUAUUAAGUGUGUGAAGGUGUUGAGAGAAGGUGACAAUGAGGACCGUCAUCCUAGCUUGCCUGUGCUUGCCUUGAAGGCGUGGUUGGGUUUGCGAAGGUUUGCUGAGGCAGAGAAAGAGCUGAGGGGAAUGGUGGUGAAUAAGGGAAUUCCGGAGAGCGUUUGGGUAUCUUCUGUGGAGGCUUACUUUCAGGCUGCGGGUACAGCUGGAGCAGAGACGGCAAAGGAAGUGUUCUUGGGACUGUUGGGUAGGUGCAGCAUCAGUGCCGGUGCGGCUGUUAGGGUGGCUCAUAGAGUGGUUGGAAAGGACGGAAGCAGCGGCGAGGGGUCAAAGGUGAGGGCAAAAGUGGUUUCAGAGCUAGUGUCAGAUGAAAGGGUCAUAGCACUCUUCUCAGGUGAAGAAGCUGCGAAGCAGAGAACGGCGAUGCAUGCGGUGCUAUGGAAUUGUGGUGCGGAUAAUUUUCGUUCCAAAGAUUAUGUAACGAGUGCGGAAAUGUUUGAAAAAUCAAUGCUUUACGUUCCGUAUGAUAUAGAGAAUAGAACACUUCGAGCCAAGUGCUAUAGAGUUUUGGGCCUCUGCCACCUUGGUCUCUCUCGGCUUGACCAAGCUUUAGAAUACAUCAACGAAUCUGAUAAGCUUGAACCCAACGUAGCUUCUGCUUUCCUGAAGUUCAAAAUCUUUCUGCAAAAGAAUGACCAGGCUGGUUCACUAAAUCAGAUUCAAGUAAUGACUACCUGCGUUGAUUUUAGUCCAGACUUUCUUUCCCUCGCAGCCCACGAAGCCAUUGCUUGCCAUGUUUUUCCCGUGGCUGUUGCUGCUUUGUCAAAUCUCCUUAACUUCUAUGUCUCUGGAAAAUCCAUGCCAACAACAGAAGUUGUAGUUCUACGCACGCUGGUAUCUAUUUUAAGUCAAGAAUCUAACAACGAGCAGGAAAUUCUAAAGUUUGUAAAAUGGGCUUGUAAUAGGGCAUCUGAACUUGGGCCAGAUUGCUUCUUUGGAAAAGGGGAAGUUGGAAGACGAGAAUGGAAUUGGUUUACUGUGAGUUCUUGGAACUUUGGGAUAAAAAGUGGAAAGGAGAUGAAAUUUCAAUUAUGUGCUGAUUUCUUGAGAUUAGCAUCAGAACUUUUUGGUCUUAAGGUUGAUGAUGGGAAAGUAGAUGAAAAUAAUACUAUGAUCUGCAAGUCAAUAGUACUGUCUGUAUCUGCCAUGAUAGCUUCGGAGGAUCAGAGGAAGAUUGCAUUGACUGAUACAGAAGUCAAACAAAUCAUGGAGCUGCUAGAUAGAGCAGGCAAGUUACUCAAGUCAAUUUCAUCGGGUCCUCGGCUUAUUGAUGACCAAGUUAACAGCUUCGAGGUCGACCUUUUCUUCGUAUACACUCUCUGUGCCUACGAUAUACAAGGAAGGCUGAAUGAUUUAGGAUCACAACUACUUGUUGUGAAAAAUUUAGCUAAUUCAAAGGCUUGCGAACCCAAAUACCUCCUUCAGAUUGGCCUUAAUGCUAUGCAGGGUCCCCGGCCUAAUCUCGAAGUAGCUGCCUUUGCUCUAAAUGAGUGCCUUACGACUUUCCUUUCUUCUCCUUUGCCAGAAUAUCAAAGUGUGGCUCUUAUUGUCCGAAAGCUCAUUGCAGUAGCUAAUGUUCGCAGAGGAGAUGCAGAUGAUGAUGAUGCUGUGUAUGGCAUGUAUAAGCAAGCUUAUCGAAUAAUGGUGGGUUUAAAGGACGGCGAGUAUCCCAUUGAAGAGGGAAAAUGGCUGGCUACAACCGCUUGGAACCGAGCAGCAUUGCCUGUGAAGCUUGGCCAGAUUGAUGUGGCCAAAAAAUGGAUGAGUAUUGGUUUGGAACUUGCAAUGCAUGUCCCAGGAAUGGAGAGUUACAAGGCAUCCAUGGAGGAUUUUGUUAGUAGUUUCGAGAGGGAACUUCAUGUGGAAAAUACUGGUAAGAACAUGGCUCAACUCACUGUAUAACAUAGAAUACUCACUAAUGAUUCAUGUUUCAUGUAUAUAAAUAUAUGUUUUUGCCUAUACAAUACUUAA